AUGGGUUGCGAUAUGGACUCAAGCACAUUAUCCUCUCGAAUAGCAACUCUAGUCCACGAGCAUUUCGAUGCCUUGCCCCCGCGCAGCAAACCAACCAUCCACCCCGAUGGAUCGCGAGAAUGGAUCCCGAUGACGGGAAUCGUCGUCGUAAAGGGAGAAAACACACAAUCAGAAAACCUAACCUGUGUGGCUGUCACAACCGGCGCGAAAUGCCUAUCCGCUUCUCAAAUCCCACAAUGCAGGGGCCUGGUGCUUCAUGACUGCCACGCAGAGAUACUAGCUAUCCGCGCAUUCAAUUACUGGCUGCUAAAUGAAUGUCGUGGUGUGUUGGGUCAGCUGCCAUCGCCAUACGUCCGCCGUCGCCAACACCAAGAUGUGGAUAAUGAAUGGCCACCUUUAGAACUCUACCCCGAUAUUAAAAUCUAUAUGUAUUGCACCUGCGCUCCCUGCGGCGACGCAAGUAUGGAGCUUUGUAUGGCGGCGCAGGAGGAUCCCACGCCAUGGGAGCUGCCACCAGCACCAGCACCAGCAACUACACUAGCCUCAGCAUCAACCAACACAGCCAAUACCACCGAUACAACAACACAAGAUGCCCUCAUCGGCCGCGCCCACUUUCAACUCCUAGGCGUCGUCCGCCGCAAACCCGCACGCACAGACGCAGAGUCCACACGCAGCAAAUCAUGCUCUGAUAAACUAGCGCUGCGGCAGGUCUCCUCUUUACUAUGCCAUGAGACGAGUUUGCUGAUUGCGCCGACGGCGAAUGUCUACCUGGCUGGUAUUAUAUUGCCAGAGGAGGAGAUUAGUCGGGUUGCGUGUGAUAGGGCUUUUGGGGCGGGUGGGAGGAUGGAGGCCCUCUGUGGGCGGGGGUGGCCUGUUACUACUCAUCGAGAAGAGGAUGGCUCGGGGUAUGGAUAUCGUUUCCAACCGUUCCGGAUUCUUUCUAUUCCCAGUGGCCAAAUCGACCGUCUCUACCCCUUCCGCAAACCACCACCCUGUCCAUCAGAUGAUAAGCCAAGCAAACCAAAAACAAAACCAGGCAACGUAUCAGCUAUCUGGACAAUUGCGCCAUCACACGCCUCUCCAUUGCCAGAUCAUAACCCCAAGUCAUUGCCGAAGUUACGCGGUUCGAACACGGGGCUUUACGAGACGGUGAUUAAUGGCGUGAAGCAGGGGAAUCGGGCGUCGGCGCCGUUGGCGAGGGGGGCGAGUGCGUUGUGCAGGGCGAGGUUGUGGGGGGUCGUUAGGGAUGUUGUUGGGGCGGAUAGCUGUGAAGAACAUGAUAUGUGGAAGGGUGUGCUUGGGGCGUCGGCUUAUGAUGAGUUCAAGGGUGUACCGGAGUAUGUUGGAGGGGCUGUAAAAGCGAGAGGACAGGCUAUUAGAGAUGCCAGGGAGGUUUUGAAAGGGUGGGUUCCUAAUACUGGAGAUGAGGAAUGGGGAUUGGAUGUUUUGACUGAUCCGAAGAAGCAGAAGCGUUCGCAUUAAGAUACAUAGAUUAUGAAUUAUAUUAACGACAAAGAUUAAACCAAGUAUUAAUGGCACAACUUUUGUCUCCUGGCAGACAGCUGAACUGAAACCCAUAGACAAGAACUGAAAAGACCCUAUCCCAUACCCGUUGACUAGUAGAUACCCGGGACGAUCCGACUGCGAACCAACGACGUAUACCG